UCUUCAGUUUGCUGCCAUCAACUACAGCUUCUUCACUUUGAUCCAUCUGUGAACAGGAUGAAGCAUCUUGUGGCCUUGGCUGUGCUGAUGCUGGUGGUCUGCAUGGCCGGUCCUGUUGCAGAAGCCUGGUUAAUCCACAGGCUCUUACACAUUCCCUUUACACCAGAAACAAGGUUUGGUAGAAACAAGGUAUUCGACCAAAACCUGCGAGAGGGCAGCAUCUCCAUCAGAUAUGGUGCUAAUGGAAACUUAUUACACAACCUAAACCAGCAAGGAGGCAACAUGUAUGACAGUAAUGGAAACCAGGUCUACUACCAGAGCCAGCAGGGAGGCAGCAUGUAUGGUGGUAACCUGAACCAGAAGGGAGGCAACAUGUAUGGCGGCAUUGGAAACCCGGUCUACAACCAGAUCCAGCAGGGAGGCAACAUGUUCAUGUAUGGCAGUGAUGGAAACCAACAGGGACGCAAUCUGCAUCGUGGUGAUAGAGACCAGACCAAGCAAGGAGACAGCAUGCAUGCCGGUAGUAGAACCCAGGUCUACAACCAGAUCCAGCAAGGGGGCACCCUGCAUGUCAGUAAUGGAACCCAGGUGUACAACCAGAACUGGCAAGGGGGCAAGAUAUAUGGUGGUAAUGGAACCCAGGUGUACAACAUACACCGGACAGGGGGCAAGAUAUAUGUCAGUAAUGGAAAACAGGUGGACUCUGUGAACAAGCAAGAAGGCAGCAUGCGUGGUGAUGAUAGAACUGAGGUCUCCAGUCAGAACCAGCCAGAAGAAAGCCUGCAUGACAGUGAUGAAAACCAGGCCCACAACCAGAACCAACAGGGACACAAUCUGCAUCGUGGUGAUGGAGACCAGGUGUACAAUGAGACCCAGCAAGGAGAUAAAUUGCAUCGUGGUGAUGGAGACCAGGCGUACAACAAGACCCAGUGAGGAGACAGUCUCGUUUGACGGUUCUGACUCCAGAAAAUUUAUGGAUGUAGCCAGUAUUUCUGUUACUGCAUAAUCUGUAGGCCAGUUUUAUUGCUUUGUUUUGGAUGAUUUGGAGUUGUUGCAACUGGUUUUCAGAAAGUGUAAUCCAGAAUGGCAUGGCAUAUUCAAAUAUGUAAUGAAUGUUGCUGAUGUAAAGCUCUGUUUUUCCUGCCAGCGAGUGCUUUGAGGUGAUGAACUGUUUUUGGGUUUCUGUAGUGAUUUUGCUGAGUGGUCCACUGCAUAUGUAGCUGUGAUGUGGCACCAAGGAAUUUUGCUGUUUAGUUAUGUUAACAGGGUUGCCAUAAAAUUAAAUAUUGAUCGAGUGCCUGUGAGAAUGGUUUUUGGUUAACAUGAUACGUUGGGUUUUUCUUUGCGUUUUGUUUUAUUCUUCAUUUGUUUGACCA